GCGGAAGGCGAUGGCAGCUCGCUGGAUCGGGGUCGUAUGGAGGAGGUCGUGCUCUGGUUCCGCGGCUACCGGCCAGGCUACGGAGGCAAUAAGGAAACCAGCAAUCUGGGAACGGUUGAAGAAUGGCAAAAUGGCUGUUUGGACAAAGAGCUUGCUGCAUGACUACGCCGCGGCCUGUAAGGACAUUGCUGUUGGAGCCAAAGAGCGCCCAGGCAAAGCUGCUUUCUACCUGUCCCUUCUUGCGGGUGCCGGAGUCUGUUCCUCAAAGGCCCCAACAGAGGAUUCCUUCCAGAGCUGCCUGUUAGAAGCUUCAUCCUCCCUCCUUCUUCUCUCACCCUGGACGAGGAGCAGGAGAUCUGACCAGCACGUGCAGAAUCUUAUGGACCUCCGGAACCAAGGACGAGUGCUGCACCUGGACCUUUUUCUAUUCUCCAUUGUCUAUGAAGCCCCCUACGACCCAAACUGUGACCUGUACCCUGCCCACUGCCCACACCUCCAGCCUCGCUGGUCACACUUCCCCAGCUGGGUCCUAGACAUUGGUUUUUUUGGACGUUGGUGGCUCCUUCGUACCAAGAUGGAAGACUUUGAUGUGAAUGAAGAGGAAUUUGCAGUUUUGCCUGCCCACAUGAGAAACAUAUCCUGGAAUGACCUUCAUUCACAAGAGAAUGAGAAGCUCUUCCAGUGUAAGUUUCAGCCAAUCACAGUGCCAGAGGAGCAGACAGAAUAAAGGCCCCCAUACAUGGGCCAAUAAAAGCUGCCGGCAGACCAAGUUGUCAACUUAUCGGCCUGUGUGUAGGGCCCUCUGACGGGCUUUCCCAAUCGAUAUCGAUCGGGCAAGGUUAAAAAAUCCUUUCGGAUCACAGCCGCAUCUGUUUGUUGACGUGGUCCCGCAAUCUGACCGCCUGAGCCUCCAUUCUAAUCCGAUCAUUGUCCCUAGGGCCCAUGGAGAUCUCAAUAAAUCACUAAAGAAUUAGCACA